UUUCUCCGGCACCCCUGGUCAAUAUUUGUUAAAUUUAAACCAUGUAGGUGGUCACUAAACAAUUAAAACAUGUCUUUGAGCCAACCGCUGGUUACCGUGGUGCGUGCCGGACGCCAUAGCUACGCGGCGGGACUGCAGUUGCAGCAACACUUGGCUAAAUCUGCCCAGAUCUUGGAUCCGCCCACGGAGUUCCGCAAUUACCUGGUGCUGCAGGAGCACGAUCCUGUCUACACAGUCGGCCUGCGAACAAAGGACUACACAGCGGCCGACGAGGACCGAUUGCGCCAGCUGGGUGCGGAAUUCCAUCGUACGGAUCGCGGCGGCCUGAUCACAUUCCACGGACCCGGCCAGUUGGUGGCUUACCCCAUUUUACACCUGCGCCAAUUCAAGGCGAGCAUGCGCUGGUACGUGUCCACACUGGAGCAAAUGGUCAUCGAGACGUGUCGGCAGCUGGGCGUUCCCAGUGCCACCACCACCAAGGACACCGGCAUCUGGGUGGGCGAGCACAAGAUCUGCGCCAUCGGCGUCCACGGCUCCCGUUACGUCACCACGCACGGCAUUGGUCUCAAUUGCUGCACUGAUCUGAGAUGGUUCGAGCACAUUGUGCCCUGCGGCAUUGAGGGUAAGGGCGUUACCUCACUCAGCAAGGAGCUGGACAGACUUGUCGCCGUCGAGGAGGCCAGUGGAGCGCUGCUCAGCAGCUUCGCCAGCGUUUUCAAGUGUCGCCUGCAGGAUCAGACUGACGCCAAACUAGUUACUGCUGCGGAAAUCAGUUCGAAAAUUAAAUAACUUGUUUACUACUACAAUAA